AUGUUCGCUGUAAGGUUUGAUCCCAAUAAUGUGGCUCAAGUGAUUGACCAGAGCGAGGGCAGUUCGGUCGUUCCUUUGAAGAGAGGAAGAACUCAGGAAGAUGACGGUGAAGAGAUGGACGAUAACAAUAAGGCUGAGCUUGAAGAGGAGGAGCUUGAAAUACAGCCAACAAGUAGUGAAGAGGAGUUAGAUAAGGAAGUCGGAAUUGAGGAAGUUGAAGAUGAUGAUGUCGAGAUGCAAGGGACGGAAGAAAUUCCAAAAAAGCACAGCUCGAUCAUGUCGAGGUUUACGCAGACUAUAUCGUUACAGGAUAAAAUUGCAAAGGAAGAGAUAAUCGAUGGAGAACAAAAUGUCUCGCAAGUGGAGGUUCCAGAGCAUGCUUUAGAGCACAUUCCCCAACCUGCUAUUGUAAGAGACGAAUAUGCGCAGCAAAUAUCAAAAGAGCACAAGUCAGUCGCAUGGUUUAACACUGCCAAAGUCCACUACGAUAACUCCAUGGUCAAGACAUUCACUUGUUUUGCUGACGAGAUGCAGCCCAAACUGUUGCAAAACGUUGAGAAAUACUUCUCUGCUAAUUCUUUUCCAAUUCAAACCGCACUACUAGAGAAUCUUUUACCAAUACUGAACUUCUCGCUGAGUACCACAAAGAAACAUCUGACAAGAAGGGUUGGAGACGUGCUGGUGAACGCUUCUACAGGUUCCGGUAAAACAUUGGCUUAUUCCAUCCCAAUCGUGCAAUUACUCUCCAAAAGAACUGUAAAUAGGCUCAGGGCAUUGAUCAUCGUCCCGACAAAACUUCUGAUUAACCAAGUUUACGACACAAUAAACAAGUUGGCGCAGGGAACUGGUCUCAUCAUAAGCAUUUCCAAACUAGAAAAUUCGCUCAAAGAAGAGCACAAAAAGUUUAUGCAAUCUGAACCUGAUGUGCUCAUCAUCACACCUGGUAGACUAGUGGAUCAUUUGCAAAUGAAAUCAAUAAGCAUGAAAAAUUUGCAAAUGCUCAUUCUGGAUGAAGCAGAUCACUUACUCAACCAGUCAUUCCAAAAUUGGUGUCCAAGACUGUUGAGCCAAAUCACCGCAGAAAAACACGACCAGCGACCAGGAAAUGUUAUCAAGAUGGUCUUCAGUGCCACUCUAACAACUAAUACCGAAAAGUUACAUGGGCUAAAUCUCAACAAUCCGAGGUUGUUCAUUAUGGACUCCGUAAAACUAUACAGCCUGCCAGAAAAAUUGCAGGAAUACAUUGUCAACAUACCUACAUCGAAGAGUCUGUACAAGCCGCUGAUACUGCUUCAUCUGCUCGAUCACAUGAAGUCUGCCAAGGUCCUAGUGUUCGUGAAAUCCAACGAAGCUUCUCUGAGAUUGGCCUGCUUAUUAAACAUUUUAAUAGACCAAAAUUUGGCUCAACGACACAUCGUGGAAACUAUCAAUUCAAACAACAGUAAAGGUGAAAACAAAAGACUAGUAAACAAAUUCGCAAGCGCUGAAUGUGAGUCCAAGAACAGAAUUUUGAUCACCACAGAUUUGAUGUCCAGAGGUAUCGAUAUCAACGAUAUAUCUGAUGUUAUCAACUACGACCUACCUAUAUCCUCACAACAAUACGUCCAUCGUUGUGGUAGAACGGCAAGAGCACAGUCCAAGGGUAACGCCUACAACCUUUUGGUAGGUAAAGGUGAAAGAGAUUUCUGGAAAGAUCAAAUUGAUGAGGAUAUGAGCAGAGAGGUUAACGGCCUUCCACCCCAGAACUGGGGAGAAGAAAUAAUCUCGUCUGAUGCUAACAGUAAACCAUCUGAUGCUUUAAUAAAUAUCUCAACAGAGGAAGAAGAUCGCUACAAGCACUCUCUCGAAUUACUGAAAGAGAAAGCGACAAAGAAGAACGCUUGA